AUGCUGCACUUUUCUAGCGCAAAUAAUUUUGAAAAGUUUAAUAACGUGAUUGAAAGUUUAACAGAUGAUACUACAAGUGACGAAAAACUGAAACAGCUUGUACAAAAUAAUGCAAUCAAAUAUGGUUGGGCAUUCAUAAAAUUACACUUAUCUGAGUUAUCCAUCAAUCUUAAAAAUUUGGAAGAAUCUAAAAGUGAACUAAUGAAAAGCAUUGAUAUAUUUAGAAAAAUUGAAGAUUUUUUAACAAAUAUUCCUGGUCCAAAUGGGAAAAAAAUGUAA